AUGAGUUCAAAGGACAACCUAGCCCUCGACCUUGAGCACGGCGUGCGACGAUGGGACCGCGCUCGAUGGAUCUCCGUCUUCAGCUCGCAUAACCCGACUAUCCGCGAGGUGACGGAAUGCCUCGGCCUCGGCCUGUCCGCAUCCUCGUCCACCACCAACCGCGGCAUCCCCAAAUUCGACAAUCCCGACUAUCGCAAGCUGUCCAGCGAAGUCACCAAGCUAUCCAAGGAAUUGCCAAAGGAGCGAGACGCGCUGCUCGAUUUUGCCGCGGAUCCGCAUUCACUCGACCAGGAGCUCGAGGACUUGCUAGCGAGUUACGGACCCGCUAUUUGGGGCAGGGAUGCGGAUCGCAGCUGCUUGCUGACUCCCGAUCCAACGAAGAAAACGUACAACAAAGAUUUGUUUUACGAAGAGUCCGAGCACAAGGACAUUCUUAAGAUACACCUGCACCGAUGGAUAAUCAUCAAGGCUUGCUACUAUAUUCGCAACAUGAAGCUCAAACGACCGUCGGGCGCAAACGAAUAUGACCAGAUUGCUGACAUUGAUGGCGAGGGCCUGUCGCCGCAUAGCACACCGCAGUCGCUUACACCGCCGGACAUGGAUUCUGUUGCCGGUGCCGACCUUGACGUCAAGCCAGUCAAUCUGAAGAAGCGUAAAAGCAAUACUCACCUGACCAAUUCUGACGAUGAUGAGAUGGACACGACACCUGUCAAGCGGCCAUACAGCACUAUGCCCAUCAGCCGAAAGGGCAGCCCUAGGAAGUCACUCAAAUCACUCUAUCCUGCUGUGUCGGGCAGUAUGGAAAACAUGCCACCCAUGUCAAUCCAUGCCCAUCGUUUCUCCCCAGCACCAGGAAGCGGCCCUGAAGCUGGCAGGACGCAACUUGCUCCUUUGACAAACAACGAUAUCAACGGCGUACCGAGGCCAUUUUCUGUUUCCCAAAGCCCGACACCCGGCAGCUUCACCGCCGUUAACACUGGAAGCUUUACUGCAGUCAACAACCCAUUGGCCGUCAAGGAGCCUCUGAGAGAUCCUGUACGCGAAGCCGUACGGGAAUCUUCCAAGGAAAUGCAGCGGCCCUCUCCUAUAGUCGGACAUCGUCACAGCAAUAGCUACACCAGCCCUUAUGAGCCAUCGCCGCACACUUCAGCUCCGCCUCGGCCUGCCACGGAUCCUCCACGCUCCGUGAUGCCUGUGAGUUCCACGUCUGCUCCUAGCAAUCAUGUUCUUCAGCCGGCGAAUACAUCUGCACCUACAAAUGGAGCAAGCGGACUUCUGAAGAAGGAUUCCCCUAUCGUUCCGCAUGCCCACCAUGCUCACAUUGCUCCACAGCCACAAUCGCAAUCACAAAGCCCGCAGCAGCAGCAUACACCACAACCCGUCCAACCGCAGCAUACCCAGCAUGCCCCACUUCCUUCUCAUCCACAUAUUCAAAACCAACAACAGUCGACACCUCGACCAUCAAGUCCACCUAAUACUUCAACACUUCACUUUGGACGUUCUCUUGUACCUCACCCCCGAAGUAGAUCCAGUACACCCCUCGCGCAGGCCGCACCUAAUAAGCCACUUACGACAUCUAAUACACAGCCAACGUCUACGCCCCUUUCGCAAGGUGCAGCCGCUUAUGGAAUACAAUUGGUUCCAAUACAGGAACCGCCACUACCCGCUCCAGCCCUAGUCAGCCAUCGAGCGCCUCCUAGUCAUGCUCACUCAACUCCAUCUCAUCACGCUUCGCAUCAAAGCGUACUGAAAAGCCAGCUUUCAGAACCCGCACAUGUUACACAGCCCGCCCCAGCAAUUCCCCGGCAAACGGUCCCAACAGCCGAUCUCCGCCUCCUGCAAUGCGAGGUAACGGCGGGCCUGUUUACAUUCUUCUUCCCACGCCCUACAAUGCCUCCAGAUGAAGCCGCGCUACUUCAACGUCUGCAUGCGCUAUGGUUUCAUGGCGAGUCGCUGUUUCGCAAUGAGCUCUCAACCCACUACGACUUGGUCUCCAAGAUCUUGACCGCCUGGCUCCACGAACGACAAGCCAUUGCCGCAUUGCGCCACUCAAUGGCUUCGAACCCGGGUGUCUCGCAUGUGGGGCUCGUAGACCGCUUAUUGGCGAUGAACGACCUCCGAGCAAUGCGGCUCAAGUGGAAGAACAUGAGCCCAAUUGACGGCAUGAGCCCCGAAGACCUGCUGUGUAUGGCAUUCAAAGUCAUGACCAACACCGAGGGAAGCGAGUACCUGUUCAAGGACGGGCUUGCAAGGCUCGAGCUGAGCGUCUUUGAGUUCCUCCGCAGCGAAGAUAGCAAGAUUGUCAUGCAGAGGCGGGAUACGAGAGCUGCUUGA